AGAAAAACUCUAUCAUCAACGCAGACGCCCAUUCCAACAACGGUCAUUCAUCCAACUCCUUCUUUCAGUCUCUGGUCCCGCUAGCUGUAGGUACUAGGUGGCUGUGUCUUGCACAUCUCAACGUCUAUCGAUCUACCGAGACGGUUGGACCAUUUCUGCAGACCCGUGUGUCAUUCCGCUACGGAGAGGAAUACUAGUAUUUUGCAUGUGCUGCGGAGAAAAUUUUGCCUCGGAUAGGUUUCUCUGAACGGAGAGGUGCACCGGCAUCUCGUAUCAAAAUCAGUAAAGGAAUAAGGGGUGAUUUGGAGGUGGGGUAGUGAUCAUGUCUGCGUCUUCAGCGUCUCACUACGCCCCGCCAGGCUCCGCAGAGGACCGCAAUCGUCGAUGCGAAGUGGUCGUCGAUGGCCCGACCAUAGCGCAGCAGUCCAGCGCUCGUUCUAACGCCAGCGCUGGCAAGAAUCUGGCGAGCGGUGCACGUUCUACGACCACCGCCGCUGCAGCGCCGCCAUCCGUGAUGCGCACGGCGAAGGCGUACGUGCGGACUAGGCCGAGUCAGCGAUUUGCCAACGAUCGCAUCCUCAUCCAGAAAGAGCUGGGACAAGAAGCGAUCACUAUCUUGAAGCCACGCAACCCGGAUGCUGCACACUUCCUGAGGGAUCAUACCAUAGCGCAUACUUAUGGAAUGGACGGUGUAUUGCACAAUGCGUCCCAGGAAGAGGUGUACAAGACGGUGUGCGAGCCAAUCAUGAAAAACGUUCUUGAUGGGUACAAUGGUGCCGUGAUCUGCAAUGGCCAGGUGGGUAGUGGCAAGACGCACACCAUAACCGGCUCGGUGGAGAACUUUGACGAACGCGGCCUCGUACCCAGAGCACUAUCACACGCAUUUGGUGAGCAGCACGAUGUACCGGAGAAUGAGUUCCGCUUCCAUAUAUCGUACAUGGAGUUGUAUAACGAUGACGUUCACGACCUGCUGUCGGGACUACCCAGCACAACCUACGCCGAUAUUGCACAGCCGCCACUGAGAAAGCUGCCCGUAACGGAGUCCAAGGAAGGCGUUGUAGCAGUGGGUGGUCUCAGAAUUAAGGAGGUUUUCUCACUGGACGAUGCUCUCAAUUGCCUCUUUGAGGGCGAUGUCUACCGUGCCAAAUCCCAGCACGUUCUCAAUCCGGUCUCGUCACGUUCACACACCCUCCUGACUUUCUACAUACAACGGAACUCACUGGUCGACACUGACAGUAAGGAGACCAUGUUUAGCCGCAUUGACUUUGUGGAUCUUGCAGGCAUGGAGCGACCUAGCAAAACGCAACCCACUGGCAAGACACAGCAAGAGGCACUGCACAUUAACCGCUCAUUGUCGUUCUUAGAACAGACGCUGAGAGCAUUGUCCACAUCAUCACCAGUGGAUAAGCCGUCGCUGGCAGCAUUUCGCCAGGACAAGCUCUCGCACGUUCUCAAGCACUGUAUCGGAGGGAAUUGUCAGACCGCGUUCCUCACCAACAUACGCACCGAAGUGGAGCACGUGGAGGAAACUCUCUCCAGUCUUCAGUUUUCUGAGAAAGCUGUGUCUAUACCGAUUGCCAUGCAGACCACAGCACGGGAACCAGCCAACUUAGUUGUGCGGAAGCAGCAGCUGGAGAUCGAGCUGCUUCGUGAAGAGCUUGCAGCGCAGUCCAUUGUGUUUGGAGGCGUUGACAUCCACCAUGAGCCGUUCUCACAGCCGGAGGUGGAGCGCAUUCGCGAGAAGGUUACCGACUUUCUGGAGUCCGGUGACAUUAGUGGCUUGAAGAUUGAGAGUGUCCGCCAAACCAGGGAGAUAUUCCAGCAGUUUCGCCAACUGUACAGGGAGCAAGCUGAGACGUUUUCCAGUCAGCUAUCAGCCGCUGAGAAUGCCUUUGCUGCAUCUUACACCGCUGCCACUCUGGCUGGGCCCGACGGCGCAGGCGUUGGCGGUCUUAGCGGAACUGAGGGCGGAGGUGGAGGCGGCGUUGCCACGGCAAUGAUCGACAAGACGCCACACCGUCAGGCCAAGACGAAGGAAGGCGGCAAGCAGGUCACGGUCGCCUUGGAUACCAAGCCUGUUCGGGGAGCCGGCGUGGCGGCUGCUGGUGCCGCCGGUGCCGCAGCCGGCGCUGCGCCUAUGGGCAAGAAAAGUUUCAAGACAGCCGUGACUAGCUUGAAGGGCAAGAAGGCAUCGGAUGUAGUGGCAAAGGAAGAGCCGCAGGAAACUGGAGUAGGAGACCUCAAUCCUACCAGGGAUGGCAUUGCAAUCAGGGCUAAAAAGUCUUUGCCUGCUGCAGGACAGGAUUUCGCGUUCGCCACCAAGUUGCAGGCCGAUGGCAAACCUGGCAAGAAGGUUGUCGGUGAUGGCCAGCGACCUGCGGGCUCAGCGGAGACGGGCAACCUUGCUCAGAUACCCGUUGCUAUGGAUACACCGGGCGCCACUAUUGCACCAACACAUUCCAUGGAUAAUGUGGGUAGUGGCGUAGCUAUGUCCAGUGCACUGCUACAGGACGGGUCACAGAGCAGCUUGGCGCAGACGAACACCAGUGGUUCUCUUGACGCCGCAGGAAAGAAAAUGGCGUCCGUGCUUGGCCGCUUCAUGCAGGAUUCCGACACUAAGCCGACUAAAGAGGACUAUUUUGAGUGGUACAAACAACACAAUGCCGAGGGAAAGGAACUAAACGGAGCGUUCAUACUAGCCAAGAAGCAACAGCAUGAUCAAGCCAUUCUGGUCAGGAACCAUGCGCUGGACUUGUCUAAGUUCAAGGACGCCAUUGGAGAAAUUCAGCAACUUCUCGCAGCGGGAACAGCAAAAGAGGCGCUUGAAACUGCAACAGGCAUUCCACAACUACAGCACAUCAAAGGUCUGUCCAAGAUGAUCAGCUCUCUUCCACAUGCCCAAUGCGUGGAACAGAUCACAGCAGUGUACAAGACUGAACUCGGGAAGCUAGCCAUGGAACGGGCCGAUCUGAACCAGCUCAAGGAGACGGUGCAGGACAAGCGCAGAACGCUGCUGAGCGCGUUCGAAGCAAUAGACGCUGAAUGCAACGAGGAGUCGCAGCUUCUCCUUGCUGCAGCGAAGGCGCAGGCUUCCGGGGCAAUGGCCCCGGGCAGCCUGUGCAGCCUCAGCGGCGAAAACAGCUGCGCCACCAUCCUGGAAGCCGACGAGGAUAAAGAUCGCGAGGACGAGGACGACGACGUGGAGGAUCUGACCCAGACGGAGGGCUUUGGCGUCGCCGACAAUGUAGCCUUGGAUACCAUGGUGGGACACUUGACCGGCUCCAAAGCUCCGACGUUUGCAAACAUGAGCACGGAUCCCAGAGAGAACGCCCGCGCUGCAUUCGACAAUGCGCGGGUUCGUGCCAGAAAGCGGGAGAAUCAAAUCCUACGCAAGACGGGCCACAAGCCCGGUGCAAUCAUCAAGGCUAAGCCAGCGCCGACCUCUACUCUGCGAUCCAUUUGAUCAAGUGCUACGUGCAUGCAUAGGAGGAGCCGAGUGUGGAGGUGUACGUAUUGAGUUGCAUGGUGUGAGCUUUUCUCCUGUGGCUCUCCACAUCAGCUUUACCAGUAUGUACUGCACGGCGUGAAUGUUUCUCCUGCCACCCAAUCGGCUAAGCCACUAUGUACUGCGUGGAAUGUUCCUAUGGGCUAGUGGCCGUCACAACAUGGCUGUUGUCUGCCUUGAGAUGAUAUGCUGACGCGGUUUGGUGUCUGCUCGGACAGCCACACGUCACUCAUCUGCAUUGUGCAUGGGACAGUAUGAGGUGCUGCUAGCGGAUAUCCUGUGGUUGGUUCAUACGCGCUCGACUCCCUGCAACGAUUCGCGUGUGCAUGGUUUGAAGAUUCGGGUUUGCUGCUUCUGUCAGCGCAACGAUGGCGUGCUGGUUUACACGUGACUGUAGUAGCCGGUUGACUAAGAUAAUGAACUUGACUUGGCGGGGAUUCCAGCUGCACUGGACAAACGUAAUUGUAGGUAUGCUUGAAGUAUUUAGCCUGCACAGCAGCAACCGACCUGAAAGACACACAGUGCUUGUUUUGGAGACGCUGAGGAGCUAAUACUGCUCAUGGCACCGUGGAAUAAUACUGCAUUCAUGUCUUUCUAAGGCGGUUUUAUGACCUGUCCGUCUUGCAAUAUCGAGAAUAAUGGAAUCCCGUCUUUUCACAUUAAUAGUAGUCAUAGUGCAUGGUACAGGCCAGUUAGCUGUUUACUGCUACUUCUGGUCCCGAAAACAUAAUUCCCUGGGACCCACCAUCACCAUAGAGAGUACCUUUCCUGCCGUCUUGUUCCAAUACAACACGUUUUUAAACUUUUGAUAUACCGGUAUGCUUAUCAGAUAAUGUUGAAUAUUGAAUAUCAAACACUAA